GUUGACGUUUUACUUAAACGUUAACUCUUGCACCAUCCAUCCAUUCUAUGCAUGCCAUGCUGUUUUAGUUCUUAGAAAAAUGAAAGGAACUGCAUUGAAACGCUGACCCGUAAUUAUCUCUAAGCACUUUUACUGUACUUGCAAUUGUUAUCGUGAGUAGACGGACGUUUUGAAUGAAAGCUAAUUUAAAUAAGAAUCAUGGCCGAAUCACAAGAAAUAUUACUUCAGAAAAUUAAAGAACAAGGUGAUCUUGUGAGAAAAUUGAAAGCUGCGAAAGAGGCAAAUGAAAAGGGUAAGAAGACUGACUCAAUAGGUAGCGUUAAAGCCGUAAAAGAGUAUGAUCUUCGAGAAAUCGAUAGACAUUUGUCACAAUACAGUUAUAUCUGUGGCUAUAUGCCCAGUAAUUGUGAUAUUGAGAUAUAUAAAAACAUAGGAACAAAAGUUGAUUUUGAAAAAUACAAAUAUUUCAAGAGGUGGUGGUACCAUAUGCGGAGUUUCAGUGACUCAGAAAUAAAAUUAUUCCCUAAGAAUUCACUGCCCAGUAUUAUGUAUAAGGAAAAUAAUAAAUUGCUCGAUGAUCAGAUACAAGAAGAGGUGAAAAAAUUAUUGGCAUUGAAAUCUCAGUUAGUCACAGAAGAUGCUGUGCCACAAAAAUUUACUCUUAAGACACCAAAAGGUACUCGAGAUUACAAUCCACAACAGAUGGCAAUUAGAAAUGAUGUCCUCCAAAAAAUUAUUGCCGUCUUCAAGAAGCACGGUGCUGAAUGUAUAGAUACACCUGUUUUUGAAUUAAAGGAUGUAUUAACCGGCAAAUAUGGUGAAGAUUCAAAACUAAUUUAUGACUUGAAAGAUCAAGGUGGAGAAAUUUUAUCAUUGAGGUAUGACCUAACUGUGCCUUUGGCGAGAUACUUGGCUAUGAGUAAAAUUACAAUGCUUAAGCGUUAUCAUAUUGCCAAAGUUUACAGAAGAGAUAAUCCGGCAAUGACAAGGGGAAGAUAUAGGGAAUUCUACCAAUGUGACUUUGAUAUAGCUGGUCAAUAUGAUUUGAUGGUACCUGAUGCUGAAUGUCUCAAAGUUGUCACAGAAAUAUUGAACUUCCUCGAUAUCGGUAAAUAUGUACUGAAGGUGAAUCAUAGGAGAUUACUUGAUGGGAUGUUCGAGGCUUGUGGAGUGCCAGCAGACAAGUUUCGCACAACUUGUUCCUCUGUAGAUAAACUCGACAAAUCACCAUGGGAAGAAGUUCGAACUGAAAUGAUAAAUGAAAAAGGUGUAAUGCCAGAGGCAGCUGACAGAAUAGGGAAAUAUGUUAUUAUGAAUGGUGGCGUAGAAUUGGCUGAGAAAUUAUUGAAAGAUGAGAAACUGUCUAAUUCUAAGGCAGCAAUCGAAGGCCUAGAAGGCAUCAUACUAUUACUAAAGUACUGCGAAUUAUUUGGAAUUAAGGAUAAAAUACUUUUCGAUUUAAGUUUAGCUAGAGGAUUAGAUUACUACACUGGUGUUAUUUAUGAAGCUGUGUUAACAGAACCAAUUAAAAUCGGCAAUGAGGAACAAACGGUGGGAUCGAUAGCUGGCGGCGGUAGAUAUGAUAAUCUUGUCGGAAUGUUUGAUUCCAAAAACAAACAGGUACCGUGCGUGGGCGUUAGUAUUGGUGUUGAGCGUAUAUUUUCGGUCCUGGAAGCGAAGUUGGCGGCCGGUGAAAUGCGCGUGCGCACUAACGAAGUGGACGUGUAUGUCGCAUCAGCGCAGAAAAACUUCCUCGAGGAACGAAUGAAGAUCUGCACUGAAUUGUGGGAUGCUGGCAUAAAGACGGAGCAUUCCUACAAGAAAAAUCCUAAAAUGCUGACUCAACUACAACACUGCGAAGAUAAUUGUAUACCGCUAGCUGUUGUAUUAGGAGAGUCGGAACUGAAGCGAGGUAUGGUGAAGAUAAGGAACAUUGUUUCAAGACAGGAAGAGGAGGUGCCGAGGGAAAAAUUAGUGGAUGAAGUAAAUGCUAGAUUGGCAUUAUUGAAUACGAAAGGAAUUAAUGGGGUCUGAUGUCUGUAUAUAAAUAUAUAGUGAUUCGCAAUUAUUUCCAAACAAUCGUUUAUUUUAUAUUCUGAUCACUUGUAUAAUUUAAAAUUCAGUUGAUUGUACGGUAAAAUGUCAGUUUAUCCUCAAAGUGUAAACUUAGAUUUUAUCAUGCAAUAAUGUGAAUUUUCAAGUGUUUUAUACGAAAUUUUACAGAUACAGUAUUAGAGUCCAGGACGUUUGUCACGGACUGUUAUUCCAUCCAGUUUUUUUUCUAAAUAGUGCCGCAAGUUUUUAUAAACAUAACUUUUUAAAAAGUGCGCUUUUGUUUGUACAGAGCAUAUUAUUUGUGUACAUAAACGAAUUUUUGUUCACUGUGGCAAUAUAA